AUGACAGUGACGCACCCAUUUAAACCGAGCGAGGCGCGAUCGCGAAGAGCGAAUGAGAAUGAUGAAAUACCGCUUGACGAAUGCACAGCGGCUACAAAUCGACUACAAAAAAAUAAAAAGGCAGUAGCACAAACAAAGAAACCAGUCACAUUAGUUUCAAACGAUGUGACCAGUGCUCUAGAUUCUGAGCAAAAACCUAAAGAAUAUAAAGAUCGGCCUUAUCUGAGGGCAGAUCAUAUUCGACCAUAUUUGUACAGUUUAUCUAAACCCACUGACAUCGGUCCGACAGCUCGACAUAUAAACCGUUUUGUCACUAUUUCAGCACCAAUAUACGAUGCCUGGAUCCGAGACAAUUAUGAAUACCAAGUAAUUGAGAAACUCUUGGAAAUAGGUAUGGAAGAUAAACACUGGGCGCACGAGAUAGUGAAAAAGACAAUAACCCGUGACGAUACCGUGAACGACCAGUACUGUAUAGAUAAAAUAUCUCAGCGUCAAAGAGCUAUUUCAAAUCACGGGAAUGCAGUGACGAAACUGCAAUGUGAAUUAAAAGCAUUUGUACCAUAUUAUCAUGAUGCUUCAGAUAUCAAUAAUAAUAACGGUACCGUGACAGCACAUGAUCUUGCUGCACAAAAUGCUCGUAAACCCAAAUUGCAUAUAAGAGCCGCAGAUACUAUAACACAGGAAUAUCUGAUGAUACAUAUCAAAAAAUUUGCAGAAAUUUGUGCUAAUCGUGUCAAUACAGCGUAUGCUGAACUCAAAGAGUUUGUAAGCCUCAAAACAUUUGAGGAAAAAGCUACUCCAGUACAACGAGCACAUGUAAAAAUACUACAAGAAAAAUUAGAAAUUUUACAUGGGAAACAAAAAACUGCUAAAUUUCUUAAAGAAGAAAUUCAAUGCAAAUAA